UAUUCUUCGGUAAACAAGCCGUACCGUUUCGUCUGAAAUAGGGAGAAAUUUUUACCUCAGAUGUGAUUUCUUUGGUUAAGUUUUUUAAGUUUGUAGUAGGUUUAAAAUCUUUAAAUGGCACCUGUAAUUAAUGACGUAAACGCGUGGCUUGACGAAAAUAAGAAAUAUUUUCAACCACCAAUAUGUAACAAAUUAAUGCAUCAAGAUGGACAAUUGAAAGCUUUUUUUGUUGGAGGACCAAACUCAAGAAAAGAUUUUCAUAUGGAAGCUGGAGAAGAGUUUUUUUACAUGCUUAAAGGAGACAUGAGACUUGUGGUUUCUGAAAAAGGCCAGUUUAAAGAUUUGCCAAUACGAGAAGGCGAGGUGUUCCUUCUUCCUAAAGGAAUUCCACACUCUCCACAGCGUUCUGAAGACACUAUAGGUUUAGUUGUAGAAAGAGAAAGGCUUCCAGAAGAGUUAGAUUGUUUAAGAUAUUAUGUCGAAGACAGUGAUGAAAUUCUGUACGAAAAAUGGUUUCAUUGUGAUAGUUUAGAAGGACUUGUACCGCUAAUUAAAGAAUUCUUCGCUUCUGAACAACACAGAACUGGGAAGCCGAUACCUGGCACGAUUCCCAUUGAUAAGCCAGUGCCUCAAGAUAUCCAGCGCCAAUUAGAACUUCCUUUCUCCCUUAAUGAAUGGUUAAAACUGCACAGACAUCAUUUGGAUACCAAAGGGAAGAAAACGUUAUUUGAAGGAGUUUAUGCAUCAAGAGUCAAUGUUCUAGGAGCUGGGAUACACAAACCGGAUCUGGAUGUUCCUGAAACCUUUUUAUGGCAACUGGAGGGAGUCACGAAUCUAAAAUCAAAUGGGAAGAUGUAUACAAUUAAGAAGAAUCAAACUGCACUUUUAAACCAAGGUGAAAAAUAUGAACUGGAAAAUGUUGUAGGAAGUCGGACACUAUCUGUUGUUAUGAAUGUUACCGAAACCUAGUUUUGCUCAUGACUUCUUUCUUUAGCAUCUUGAGAUCCAUUGUUAUGUAACAUUGACUGGUUGUAAAAUUAUUGGCUGCUUGAAUAAGAAAAUUUUAAUUGCGCACUGACUGAAAGAAUAUACGCAAUCUGUGCAAAUGAGAAUGCUUCAAUGCUUAAUAAAAAAAGAAAGA